CUAAUUGUCAAAAUCUAAUGCAAAACAGCUGAUUUUGCAGUUGUUUACACUAGUUUAUUUAACAAAAGUAAAACAAGAGUAAAACGUAAACAUUUACGUUAAAAUGGACUCCAAGAAAAUAUCCUUUGGAUUUAGUAAAAUAACUAAGAAGUCAAAUUUGUUACCAUCAAAUAGAGAUAAGGAGAAACAAGAAAACAAAAUUGAGCUUAUAAAAUGCUUGGAAGGACAAGAAAUAAAACUUGUGGAAGAAAAGAAAGAGGAUGCCCCAAUGAUUAUACCGUUAAAGGGAAGUACGAAGACUUCCUCUGCACUUGCCAGUUUAAUGAAGAGACGUGCUGUUCUUUUAGGUGAGGUAGAUGAGCCCCCAACUAAAGAACAACCCAGUGAAAUAAACAAUGGCAGUAAUAGAAAUAACGUGAAUGAGACUCUAGAGGAGAGAGCAGCUCGUGAAUUGCUUGCUUCCGUACAAAGUGACGGCAACGAGUUUAUUGAUCAAAAUCUUGUGCUCCCUGCGCUAAAAGCAGACGAAUUACCACUUGAUGGAGCCAAACAAUCGACAAUAGAUGAUUAUGACAAUGUGCCCAUCGAACAAUUCGGCAAAGCUAUGUUGCGCGGCAUGGGCUGGACUGAGCCAAUUCAGAAGAAAGGUGAACCAGUUGAUGAAAUGCCAUUUGUGCGCCCAAAAGGAAUGGGUUUGGGCGCUGAUAAAGCACUCAAAAAACAACCAUUAUUAGUGGCACCGGAAAAGAAUGAAGUACUAGAAAUCAAGAAGCAAGCGUAUGUUCGAAUUUUGGGCGGUAAGCAUAAAGAUAUGUAUGGACAGAUAGAAGGCUUUGACGAUCAUGCCGGCCGGGUUAUUGUUAAAAUGGCAAUAGGCGGAGGCAAAGAAGCCUUCAAUGAGUUUUUGUGCCAACCUAUUUCGAAGAAGGAAUACACGCAAUACGGCAAAUGCAUAAAUACUGUUAAAUAUGAAGAGUACAAAAGAAUGGAAAAUGAACAUGGACAAAUUAUUAUAAAAAAAGAAUAUUAUGAUAAAAAACACUCGACACUAAAGGGCGAGGUUAAAAGCGAGUCUAGAAAAGAAGAUAACAAGUACAAGUCGGAAAGAAGGGAUGGAUAUACUCGUGACGAACCACGAAAUAAUUAUGAAAAUUCUCAGAAGAGCACAGAUACAAAUAAAAAUGACGGGGGUAGGGAACGCUUUGAUCAUCAAAGUAGUUCGCGUAGACAACAGAUGGAUGACCGGACUAGUUACCACAGUAAUGGUAAUCGAGCUGAAGGGGACAGACGGCGUGAUGGAUACCGAGAUAGUAGUUCUCGACACUAUGAACUAGAUGAUCAACGCAGUAGUUGCAGUCGCCGUGAACGUUACGACGAACGUCGUAAAGAGCGUGAUACAACCAAACGUAGAUCAAGAGAACGAACCAACCGGACCGAGCAUAAGGAACGCAUACCAUCAAGCAGUAGCUGCAGCCGACGUCAGCAGUACACUGACGACACUAGCGCCUCUUCCGGCACUGAUAGUGAUUCCGACUCGGCAUAUGAACGUAAGCAGAAUAAGAAAUCGAGCCACAAAUCAAAGUCAAAGAAAAAGAGUAGUAAAAAAUCCAAACGUAAACAACGUCAUAGGGAAACGGAUACUGAGUCUUCAAGUAAUAGUGAUAGCGAGGAAGACGAUAAUCGUCGAGAGAACAAGUUACACAAAAAGAAGUCAAAAAAAAGCAAGAAACCACGUUCAAGAUCACGUUCACAUGAUCGCACCAGUAGAAGAUGAUUGUAGUAAAACAUUAAAUUCCGUUAUAUGCACUUCGUCGCUUUUGUAAACUGAAAUCAAAAUUUGUUUUGUUUUUAAUUUUAAUGGGGAUAUUUAUUGAUUGUGUAAAAUGUCAACACGCACGACACAAUAUUUUAUUUAUAUUUUGUAAAUUAAUCAUGUGUGCAUUUCAAUAUGUAUGUAUAUCGCCCAUAGGAAAAAUGUAUAUCUAUAAUUAAGGGUUCCCGUUCAUCAUUAUUUUUAUAAUUAAUAAAUCACAUUUAUAUAGAGAUUACUUGAAUAUUUAAUUUGAAUGGAUCAUGAUUAUGCCGUUUAAAGUAAAUAUUGAUGAUUUUCAAAUAAAAUGCUGGGUGAAAGAUUA